GGCUCGGCCUCAGCCAGCAGGCCGCUCCCCCAUCACUGGACGCUGUCCCGCCCCCGUCCUCAGGCUCCCACCCCACGUCUAGCAGAGGGCCAGGCUGUCCAGGCUGUGCCUUCCGUCCCGCCACGGAGCCCAGCACGGUCGGACGGCAGCAUGAGCGCCCAGGCCGCCAGGCCGCUAUUCGCACCGGGCGAGGACUGCAAGCCCGCAUGGGGCGAGGCUCCCGCGGCCUACGACCCGUCGGACACGCAUCUGAGCAUCCUGGGCAAGCCGGUGAUGGAGCGCUGGGAGACCCCCUACAUGCACUCGCUGGCGGCCGCUGCCGCCUCCCGGGGGGGCCGCGUCCUGGAGGUGGGCUUUGGCAUGGCCAUCGCAGCCUCUCGGGUGCAGCAGGCGCCUAUUGCUGAACACUGGAUCAUUGAAUGCAACGAGGGCGUCUUCCAGCGGCUGCAGGACUGGGCCCCGCAGCAGCCACACAAGGUUGUUCCCUUGAAAGGCCUGUGGGAGGAAGUGGCGCCCACACUGCCUGACAGUCACUUUGACGGGAUCCUGUAUGACACAUACCCACUGUCAGAAGAGACCUGGCAUACACACCAGUUCAACUUCAUCAAGAAACAUGCCUUCCGCCUGCUGAAACCUGGCGGCGUCCUCACCUACUGCAACCUCACGUCCUGGGGGGAACUCAUGAAGUCCAAGUACUCAGACAUCACCACCAUGUUUGAGGAAACUCAAGUGCCAGCCCUGCAGGAGGCAGGCUUCCUCAGGGAGAACAUCCGCACGGAGGUGAUGGAGCUGGUACCUCCUGCUGACUGUCGCUACUAUGCCUUUCCCCAGAUGAUCACACCCCUGGUCACCAAGCAGUGAGCCUGUACCCUCCUCAGUGCCUUCCUAACCCUCACUGUCCCCUCUGCCCCCACCCUGGAUGUGGGGGUGAAAUAAACUCUAAGAAACACCUGG